UUACCGGGUGAGGUGGGCGAUAGACGGUCUGGCUCCUGCUCCCCGACCCACGAGGCCGGGCGGUCCCUCACUCUCGUACUCCCACGCGGACCUCCCUCACUCCCUCAUUCCCUCACUCCUACAAAAGGCGAGAUUUUCCAGGAAAGCAUUCGAGGAGCUUGCUGGAAGACGAGGCAGGCCGCCAUGGGGUGACAACUCCGACAAGGACGUCCAGGCAGUCUUCCGCCGUCGGUUCUGGUCCUGGCGUCGGUGCUGGUUCUAGAUAUUGGGACCCGGUUCUUGGACUAGUGCUGCUGUUGGCGUCGGUAUUGUGACCGGUUCUUGGACUAGUGCUGCUGUUGGCGUCGGUAUUGUGACCGGUUCUUGGACUAGUGCUGCUGUUGGCGUCGGUAUUGUGACCGGUUCUUGGACUAGUGCUAGUGUUGGCGUCGGUACUAGUGCUGGAAGGACUAGUGAAACUGACGAUACAGCGGGCCGCUGGAAUUCUUGCUUCCGGUACAAGCAAAACAGGCGCAGAAACACUUGAGCAACAGCAAACACCAGCAGCGUAGUUAGAGUAGCAACAACAGGACCAACAGAGACAAUACCAGCAACAGUACCAGCAGCAGCAACAGAAGGAGGAACAGAAGGAGUGCGUACCUUGGAGGGUUAUGGAAGAUGGGUACCAGCAACGCCCCCACCAGAUACCUGCAGGUGCUGGCUCUCUGCUGCCUGGCACACGGAGGUCUGGCCAUGAAGUGGGUGAGGUUCAGCGUGCCCUCCUGGACCUCUCGAGGCGAGGACGCCGUGCUCACCUGCGAGUUCGACCUGGAGGGCGAGCGCCUGUACUCCGUCAAGUGGUACAAGGCGGGACGCGAGUUCUACCGCUACGUCCCGGGAGAGUGGCCCCGUCAGCAGGCCUUUCCCCAGCAUGGCAUCUCCGUCGACGUGGCCCAGAGCGACCACCAGAGGGUGCGCCUGCAGAAGGUGACGCUGGAGGCCGGCGGCAGGUACAAGUGUGAGGUCCUUACCGAGGCGCCGCUCUUCCGCACGCUGGUCAAGUCUGACGUCAUGAACGUUGUCGAACUGCCCCAUGGGUCACCUGAGGUGACGGGAGGGGAGAUGGAGUACCGCCUGGGUGACCUGGUCAACCUCACCUGCAGCGCCCCCAGGUCCAUACCCCCAGCCUCCCUCACCUGGUUCAUCAACGACCAGGAGGCUCCGCAGGACUACCUGGCACAGUAUCCGGCCACCGUCGACCACCUGGGCAGGUUCGAGGCGCGUCUUGGCCUGCAGUUCCGCGCGGAGCGGUGGCACUUCGUGCACGACCGCGUCACCCUCCGUUGUGCUGCCUCCAUCCACCCCCUCUACAAGGAGGACGUCCACCACAGCGGUGUUGUCGUCGACCCGCUUGUACCCGCUCUCCUUGAGGACCAAACCGCAGGUGUGGUAGACGGCGGGGCGGUGAGACAUGUGUCGAGGGCAGCCUUCACCUUGCUAAACCUGUUACUCCUGCUUCUCUGAUGCGGCCUGCACACGCCUUCCUCCUCCUCCUGCGCCUUCCUGGCAUCUGCACAGCGGACUCCUCCUCCUUCAGCACAGCUGCUGACCUCAGAGCCACUUGUAGCGUGGCUGCAGUAACCCCCUCUAGGAGCUGGCACAACGGGAGCACCUCCGUCUAGCACAACUCACACCAGGGUUCGACGCAGCACACGACGUUACAAGUGCGUCGAUUGUUGGGACGUCACACUAGUGUCCAAUCGUGGCAACCGUUGCUCGGGGAAUUGUUUGUUUUACUUGUUUCAAGUUUAUGUUUUGAUCUGUUUGACGAGACUCAUUUGCUACGACCUAGUUUAUCUCAUCUAUAACUGUUUAAUCUUUUAUUUUGGAAAUGUGUGGGCAUGUGUGUGUUGUGUGGGCAUGUGUGUGUUGUGUGGCGACUCAGGCGAGCGUUCUCACACUCCCAACUGCCUCUUGAGGCGCUUCUCAUCCUCACUUUUUCCUCAGCAAUUUUAGGUUAAUUGAGUCUUUAGUUAAGCUGAGCACAUAACUAAAGAACUUCCCCUGGUAAGAAUUUCCUCAAAAUGAACAUUGUAAAGAGGAAAAUGAGUAGGAGGGAAGGAAGGAGGAGGGGAAGGAAGGAGGAGGGGAAGGAGACGAGAAGGAGGAAGGGGGAGGAGGUAGUAAAGAUGGGAAGAUGGAGGUAGGUGUUUGAUGUGGGUCGAUGUGUAUCGUCGAGCUCCACCUGUGUGUGAUGACGAAGGUUCUCCCGUCGCACAGUUCAUUGACUUCGUAUAGUGGCCGCUUCUGUCUCCCAGCGUUCGCAAUCACCAGCAAGAGCUUGAGAGGCCUCCCGCGGGGGAUCACCCGGGCGCAACCUUUCCUGUCCUCUGCUGUUUCUUGACGCCAUGCUCCUCAUGACGUCACAAUCGAGCUUAAGAGUCUUGUAGGUUAUUUUACUUGUGAAACACAAUGUUUGUUUUGGUCCUGAUCUACUAGUGUAAUAGUAGAGGUGUUUUCAUAGAAGUUGUAUAUAGUGAGGCCUGAAGCUCUCCCACAGCGCAACCAGGAAACAAUAUUCUCUUUGUUUUUUGGCUGCCUCUUCCAGUCUUGCUCAUUUAGACUGGCAUCCCCAGUCGCUGAAUGGUAUUGGGAACCACCGUUCCAUUGUUACAUGUGACAUCUGCGGCCACUGCCGCUGAAGUGGCUUCCUGGGGACGCAGUAACAUACCGAUAACGAUGCGUCAAAGUUCUCUCGGAAGCCCUUGUGGGAGUUCUUCACUUGUGUACAUGGAAACCAUGUUCAAAUGUGUUUAUGUAUAUAUGUGUACAUUAUAAAAAAAAAGAGUAUAUCGUGGCCUAGACGUCUAUCCUUCCUUGUCUGUAAAGGUGGCGAGAACAAUUUACGGUGAAAUAUUAUUCGGUUAUUAUUAGAGUUUUUAGUGAGGAUUAAGGAUGAGCCAGGGGCAGUGUUUUGCUCGGGCAGAACUAUGGUCAUGGAGACCAGACCACACACUAGAAGUUGAAGGGACGACGACGUUUCGGUCCGUCCUGGACCAUUCUCAAGUCGAUUGUGUCUUUAGUUAAGUUAAGUAGUCUCUGGUCAACAUACUUCAGCCACGUUAUUGUGACUCAUCGCCUGCAUAUGGUCAUGGAGACCCCGAUGAUACGAGCGCCUCCGCCAGUUGAGGGAUUUACCUUGUCUGACUAGCUAAUGAUCAAACUCCUCAGUCACUAAUGUCUCUCACACUCUCAAUCUCUGUCUCACAUAAUCUCUCUUUCGCUUUCUCUCUUCUCACGACUAAAAAUUUUCAUAGUUAUGGGUGGAGCAUAGUUACUAUAUGGUGCAUAGUUGUUGGUAUAGCUGUGGAUGAAGAAUAAUUGUGGGUGGAGCAUAGUUGUUGGUGGAGCAUAGUUGUAUGAGGAGCAUAAUUAUGGGUGGAGCAUGGUUAUAUGUGGAGAAUAGUUGUGGGUGGAGCAUGGUUAUAUGUGGAGCAUAGUUGUGGGUGGAGCAUGGUUAUAUGUGGAGCAUAGUUGUGGGUGGAGCAUGGUUAUAUGUGGAGCAUAGUUGUGGGUGGAGCAUGGUUAUAUGUGGAGCAUAGAUGUGGGUGGAGCAUGGUUAUAUGUGGAGCAUAGUUGUGGGUGGAGCAUGGUUAUAUGUGGAGCAUAGUUGUGGGUGGAGCAUGGUUAUAUGUGGAGCAUAGUUGUGGGUGGAGCAUGGUUAUAUGUGGAGCAUAGAUGUGGGUGGAGCAUGGUUAUAUGUGGAGCAUAGUUGUGGGUGGAGCAUGGUUAUAUGUGGAGCAUAGUUGUGGGUGGAGCAUGGUUAUAUGUGGAGCAUAGUUGUGGGUGGAGCAUGGUUAUAUGUGGAGCAUAGUUGUGGGUGGAGCAUGGUUAUAUGUGGAGCAUAGAUGUGGGUGGAGCAUGGUUAUAUGUGGAGCAUAGUUGUGGGUGGAGCAUAAUUGUCGAUGAAGAAUAGUUGUGAGUGGAGCAUAGUUGGUGUCGAUGGCAUAUUUCGCCACCUGUAAACACAUGGACAUUACCGGGAGCCAGGUGUGUGGGGACUCUCUCGUCACUACACACCUGUGUCUGGUUACACACGAGUGGUGAGAUAUCUUGGUGAGUCAAGGUAGUUUCUUCUCGGAGCAUAGUGAGUACAGUCUAGAGAGCAUAGUUAAGAGCAUAGUGAGUGGAGACAUGAGCAUAGUUAGCUGAGAUAUGAGCAUAUUGAAAUGAACCAUUUCAAACAAGAGUCAGCGCCCCCGGUGACGCAGACAAGAGUCAGCGUCGUCGGUGACGCAGAAAAGAGACAGCGUCCUCUGUGACGCAGACAAGAGACAGCGUCCUCGGUGACGCAGACAAGAGUCAGCGUCCUCGGUGACGCAAAAAAGAGACAGCGCCCCCGGUGACGCAGACAAGAGAGGUUGACGCAAACAGCCCUACACAGCCCCGGUGAUAACAGUUCUGCGCGCGGAGAUGUUCUAGUUCUUCCCCACCUUGUGAACAAAAUUGAAAACAUUGUUAUAUUUUGACAUUAUUAUCUGUUAAGUCUAUUAUACAUGAGAUAAUCAUUUAACUAAAUAUAUUGUGCAUCUUUUGUAAAUAACUCAUAUAUGAACAAUGAACAGAUUUUAAUAUUUCAUAACCUAUAGCACUUUGUUAAUGGAAGAACAAAUGACUAUGAACACAUUUUAAAGAUUAUAAUUAUAGGUGGUAAAUACAUGAGAGAACACCCACCCUCCCUAGAUCCUCUACAUUGAUCCUAUAUAUAUAUAUA